AUGCGGAUUUGCAAGCAGAUUGAUCCCGUGAUCGACAUCGUGAUCAUCGGUUUUGGCGUGCGGAGCCGUCUGUUCGUCGACAAGUUCCUUCGGAAAAAUGAGCUGAAAGGAGUGAACAUAAUAAUCAUCUGCAAAGACAACUUCGUGUUCCUAGAUCGCUACGUACAAUGUGAAGAGGCCUGCAAAGAGAGCUACACGGAUGUCUAUAAUUUUUGCAAAAACAGAAACAUACUGUUUAUAAAUGAGAAGGUGCAGUAUGUACACACAGAAAGUCGGAACAUCUUCUUUGCCUCAGACAGGAACCAUUUGAAUUAUGAUUUCUUGUUGUGCGACUUUGAUUUUAGGAGCUCCGAUCUGUUUAGCACCGAUAUGUCUCACAUGAACAUAUACCCUUUUCGAAAUAAAAAUCGUUUUUUUUAUCACGUGCAUGUGAUGUACCUCGCUCUGCUGCAGUCGACAAACAUGGAGGAGGACAAGACGGAUGUUCGUUUGUAUCGUCAGUGUAGAAGGGCGCUUCUGCAGGGCAUCCCUCUGAAGAGGUUCCUUAACUUCCAUUCGUACAACGAUGAGUACGUGGAGGAGAUCUUCAGCGCCUACGAGGAGGCGCAGCGGUUCGGUGCCGUUAGCGGUGGGGGCGAAGGUAGCAGAAGUGAAGUGAGGAGUGGGGGCGCACUUAGCAGAGGUGAAAUCAGCGAAGGAUACCCAUUCAGUGCGAGCGUCCUCCCAGAUGCCCCUCUGCAAGGCAACGGCGCGGACGAAGAUACCACCCCCCGCAUCCUUCUAAUCAGUGACAACAACCAGUUUGGGAAUUGCCUACAUUCGGAGGUACAGAAGCAGCUACGCAGAAUAAACGCGCAGGUUAAUUUACUCUCCGUUUAUGUGGCUUCGUCGAAGAACGAAAAGUUAGACCUCCCCUGUAGGGACUACCUACUGGUCAGGGAAAUAAGGGGAGUAAAAGAAAACGGAGAAAUUAAAGAAAUGGAAUUUCUGGACAUCCAUGAUGAGGAAAUUAUAAUCAGAUAUGAUGAGUGCAUAAACAUCACUGCCAUGAGGUACCCUUCUUAUGUAUACUCAUUUGGCGAAGACGCGACCAAGUCCCUGUCGGUGAAUCCCUUUUGCCAGUCCGUAACAGAUGAGUAUCUUUAUCUCCUUAACCAAGUGAAGAACUACGACGAUUAUGCAGUCUGCGAGACGGUCUACCUAAACGUAUACAAUAAGGUGCAUGGGAACAAAUACAUCAGCAUAGAACAUGUCAAGGGUUAUAUACUUACCCGUGAUGCAGAUGAGUUGGGUGUUUCUUACUUGCUCCCUCCGACCCCCAACCUAUUUAAUCACACUGUGAAUUAUUCCUACCGCAUCGUAUCGUACAUCUUAAGAAAGGGGUACUCAUAUCUGUCAAAGAACCGCUUCCUACAAAAUGGGGUACUCUCCUUAAUGCACAGAAGAAGGGAAAUCGAAAAGUACCUAAAGGGGUCCCCAGUUAGCGGUAGCAGGGAAAUAUUUUUUCCCCCUCCUUCGAUAAGGACCCUUUCUCUUCGUAUCUUCAAAAGGGCUACUCACUAUGUUGACCUCCUCAGAGGAAGAAUUUCUUCGGAAGAUGGGACAUGCAUGCCCCUUUGUGGACAGAAAGAACCGCACAAGGACGAUGACCCAUCUCGUGUGAACUCCAGUGACAGUGGUAGCACCACAGCGAGCAGAAGUGGAAGCAACAACAGGAACGAGGAACUACCCACCCGCAACAAAUGUGCACACAGUGGAAGCCCCAAAACGGAAACCACAGCAAGUUCCCCUCUUCCAGAAUAUAUGUACACUGCAUACCGAAAGGAAUAUGAAAGGAGAUUACUUGUUAGUAAAAAAACGACCUACCGAGUGGCAACAGAGGAGGGAGAAAAUGGAACAACCAUAAGGAUAAUUGUGCAGGAUGGCAGCGUUCAGGCGGGAACCACUUCGAACUGCGAUACGAAGAGGGAAAAAGUAAAUUCAUACAUUAAAGAAAGCAUCGAGAAAAUAAUUAACCGGAAUACUUGCGGAGGAUGUGGGUCGAAAGUCCCUUCAAACGUUCUGUCAAAUUCGUUGAAAGGCCUAUCUGUGUACAACUCACCAAAUGUGUACCUAGGAAUUGAAGCAUGUGAUGACUGCUGCAUAUUUGUGCAUAGUAAAUCUAAAAGGGGAGAAGAAAGUCCUGCACUUGUCCAAACAAUCGACUUUUUCAAAUCCUUUAUCGAUGAUGAAUACAUAUUAGGGGAAAUAAUCGCCAUUCAUUGCCUAUCCGAUGUGUACAGUAUGGGGGGGACCGGCAUCUGUGCCUUGUGUGUACUUAUUGUGAAGGAUAACAUUGAGAAGAAGCUGCAGCAAAGACUACAGAAUAUUUUAACUGGGUGCUGCCAGAAGUUGAAAGAGGAGAAAUGUGUCUUGAGUGGGGGCCACACCUGUGCCGGCAAUGAGAAUUACGUCGGUUUGGCAGUCACGGGGAAGGUGAAAAAGAGGCGUACCGCCAGUGAGGCCACCCCCAAGGGGGAUCGAAAAGAUAAGCCCGAUAAGGAGAAACGGCGAGAGGGGGAGGAGAACCCCAGGACAAGCGCAGCGGCGGCUACCAGUGGUGCACGUAAGCAACAGGAGGGAGGCGCCCCCGCAGAUGAGCUACCCCUCGUUAGCAAAGAACACAGGGACACAUACGAACGACACCAAAUGAUGAAGGAAAACUAUCUAUUCCUACCCAAAGGAAGCAGAAGCAUAAAGGCAGGGGACAUAAUCAUUACCACGAAAAUGUUCGGCUUUGGCUUCAUCAUGGCUGCACAUAUAUGUAAGAAGGCAAAGGCCAGAUGGAUCUACAACUGUCUUGACGAAAUGCUUCUCUCAAAUAGGAAGAGUGGAUUAUACCUUCUACAGAGUAAUAAUGCCAAAGCUUGCACCGAUGUAACUGGGUUUGGAGUCCUAGGCCACCUUAACGAAAUGAUCAAGUGCUCUAGGAGGGAAUUUUAUUUUGCUGCACGAAUGGGAAACAAGUCCCUGCACAGCACAUCACAGAGGGAGACACUGGAAGGGAGAAGUAGCAAAAUGGAUGAUGGACAGAUUGACAAGGUGAAAGAACCCCCCAUGAAUCUCAUCGGAGCAAAGAUAAAUCUCAAGAAUUUCAUAAUCGCAGAAGGGGUUGAACAGUGCAUAGAAAAUAAUAUCUUCUCUUCCAUGUACAAGAAAAAUCACUACUUGUGCAAUAACAUUAUAAAUUUGGAGGAAGCUUCACUGAGUGAGCGGUAUGGAAUUCUGUUUGACCCGCAGACCAGUGGGGGCCUCAUGGUCAUUGUGGAAAGGGAGAGAGCCGACCAAAUUUUAACAGACUUAAAAAAUAUGGGGUAUCCGAACUGUUCCGCAGUAGGGGAAAUUAUAAAUGUGCAAGAUGAUAAGUUUAAGGGGGUGCCCAUAAGUCAGGUUUCGUUGGACGAUUAUUUGGACACGACGAACUCGGUGUACAUCGAAUGGUAA